UUAUAUGAGAGGUGAGCGAAAAAUACCUACAAAAUAUUGUUUGAAAAGUUUGACAGGAGUGCCACUGAACAUUGUAGACCUAUCGUACACGUGAGAUGUCCAAUGUAUCCUAAACGGGUUAGGAUAAAGUCGAUAGAGCUCCAUGGCUGAGCGUCUCAGCCCUCGCAGCUCCGAGGUCAAUGCCUUGGAACAAAGAGGCUAUUUAAUUGGCAAAAAAAUAGGACAAGGAUCGUAUGCAACCGUCCACCUAGCAGAAUACUGUGAUGCAUCUAGCCCAAAGCGAAUGCACCUGGCAUGCAAAAUAUUUGACAAAGAAAAAGCACCUCGAGAUUUUUUAGAAAAGUUUUUCCCUCGUGAACUAGAUAUUUUAACAAAAAUCGAAAAUCCUCAUAUUAUUCAAGUACAUAGUAUAUUACAGAGAGGACCUCGAGUAUUUAUUUUUAUGAGAUAUGCCGAUAAUGGGGACCUCCUAGAUUUUAUUAAGCGUAAUGGGGUUGUCCCAGAAAACCAGGCUAAGCUGUGGUUUAGGCAGAUGGCAAGCGGUUUACAAUACUUACAUAGUAAAAAUAUUGCUCAUAGAGACCUAAAGUGUGAGAAUAUUUUGUUAUCCAGACGUUUUAAUGUGAAACUAGCCGAUUUUGGUUUUGCCAGAUUUUGUACAGAUGGUGACAACAGACGCGUACUGAGUCAAACGUACUGUGGGUCAGCCGCUUAUGCUGCCCCAGAAGUUGUGAGCGGAACUCCAUAUAAUCCCAAACUCGCAGAUGUCUGGUCGCUUGGUAUCAUUUUGUUCAUAAUGUUAAACGCAUCGAUGCCAUUUGAUGAUUCAAAUCUCCGUAAGCUACUGAAAGAUCAAAUGUCACGCAAUUGGGUAUUUCGCUCGAGGAUUCGAGAUUCCGUUUCCGCAGCGGCUAAGUCCAUCGUGCGUCAUAUUUUAGAGCCGGAUAUCACAUUACGGUUGACUUUGGAUCGCGUUUUGUCCCAUGAAUGGACUCGACCGCGUAAGGACAAAAGUGCGAGUUUGAUGGGACGUUUAGUGCAGUCUGCUCCCUCAGCCCCUCACUCGCCAGGAAAGCAUGAUGAAGCUGGCACAUCGGCAGGUCUACGUGUUUCUGGAGAUCACCGUGAGACUGAACGAGAGAGACACGAUGAUAUCAAUAUCCGUUCCCACGCCUAGCUUUCAUAUUGAUAACUAAAGUGGCACAGAGCAGUGUAAUAUACUUUAACAUUUUGGACAUAAUAUUGCAAUUUAAAAUUACCCAUUAUAUUUACGAUA